CAGGUGUCUGCUCCUGUAUGUGUGCGUCUGCUGAUAUUUUUGUCAGUACAAUAAAUAAACAUUUACCUGAGAACCACAUCGCACAUAAACCACAUGCACGCGUUUCCUUCAUUUUCGUGCAAACAACGCGUCCAUUGUGAAAACAGCCACCAGGACGGGUUUGGAACAGGAAAUAGGAUGUUUCACACACACACCGCACAAAAAGGCUGUGCAUACUCCCUUACUGUGUAGUGCGUGUAGUGUGCUGGAACUGUCCUUGUUCUAUACUACACUGUGUAGGAGGGCAGUGCGCGCUCUGGGACGGAGCCCAGUGCCUCCCGCUCCGGUUGCGAUCACACUGCUGUAGUCAUGUCCUUCAGGAGGGGUGUGGUUAGGCAAAGUAAGUUCCGACACGUAUUCGCCCAGGCGUGGAAGGCGGAGCAGUGUGUGGAUGACAUCAGAGUUACCCGUGUGACAUGGGAUGGGCAGCUCUGUGUAGCAAACCCCAAGUUUAUCGCUGUUAUAACUGAGGCUGGAGGAGGCGGAGCCUUUCUCGUAUUACCACUCACAAAGACCGGUAGAGUGGACCAGUCCACUCCCACUGUAUGCGGCCAUGCUGCUUCUGUGCUCGAUAUCCAGUGGUGUCCACAUGAUGACAACAUAAUUGCCAGUGCUUCAGAGGACUGCACAGUGAAGAUAUGGCACAUUCCGGAUGGCGGCCUCACAGUGCCAAUGACUGAGGCUACAAUAACUCUAGAGGGACACAGUAAAAGAGUGGGCAUUCUGGCCUGGCACCCUACUGCACUGAACAUCUUACUAACUGCAGGUUGUGAUAACCUAUUGUGCAUAUGGGAUAUUGGCACUGGUGAGCUGGUGUAUGAGCUGAGUGAUGCUCAUCCAGAUCAGAUCUACAGUGUGUGCUGGAACAGAGAGGGGAGCGUGAUCUGUACUACCUGCAAAGACAAAGCCUUGCGGGUUAUUGACCCUCGACGAGGCACUAUACUUAAGGUGCGGGAAAAGGCUCAUGAGGGCACCAGGCCAAUGAGAGGUGUCUUCCUUGCUGAUGGAAAAAUCCUGACAACCGGAUUUAGCCGCAUGAGUGAGAGACAGCUGGCUUUAUGGGAUACGAAAGAUCUCUCCGAGCCAAUGGCUGUUCAGGAAAUGGACACCAGUAAUGGAGUUCUCCUUCCUUUCUAUGACCCAGAUACAAACAUGGUGUAUCUGUGUGGAAAGGGUGACUGCACCAUUCGCUACUUUGAGGUGACCAAUGAGUCUCCCUACAUCCACUUCCUUAGUCUCUACAGUAGCAAGGAGCCUCAGCGAGGAGCUGGUUUCCUCAGCAAGAGAGGAGUAGAUGUUAACAAGUGUGAGAUUGCCAGGUUUUAUAAACUUCACGAGAGGAAGAUUGAGCCCAUUUCCAUGACUGUGCCAAGAAAGUCAGACCUGUUCCAGGGGGAUCUGUAUCCAGACACUGCAGGCUUAGAGCCCUCUCUACUGGCCGAAGACUGGAUUGCAGGGCAAGAUGCACCCCCCAUCUUAGUCUCCAUGAGUGGCAGCUACAACGUUCCUGCGUCCAAAUAUAACACACUGCGCGGAAGACCGAAACUGCUACCUCAGAGCAACUCGGCUACUAGCAUCAGCACUACCGCUCUCAGCACGAACACUGCUGCCAGACAGACAGGGAGUGAGAGGACACCACUAUUUAGGAGGGAAGUUGAAGGAGGGACGGACCGCACGAGGAAAGGGGACGAUCAGCUGGCUGACAUUCUGACAGAAGUUCGUGCCCUCCGAGCACUUGUGUUAGCUCAGGGUCACAGGAUUGACGCACUCGAAAGGCAACUAGCGCGACUUGAUGAAGGCGAAGUGUGACAUCACAGCCUUGACCGCAUCUAUUAUAGCUUUACAUUACUGCGAAGGGUCCUAAGAAAUGCAAUUUAAAACCUUAAGUGUAACAAAAUAUACAUCGAGCGCUGACAUUUUAAGCUUGAUUUAGAGAGUAGAUCUAUGUUAAUUAUCAUGAGCAGAUAAACAGUUGUCUAAAAAAAAGAGGAUGUUUUAUUAAGCUUUUACAUCAGGUACUGACUAAUGCUGCUAAUCGGAAACUGAUUUGGGAAAGAUUGCAGUAUGGGCUGAAGUACUACAUUUUUGUGGCACUAGCAUUUGGGUGUGCAGCUCCUUGAUCUAAAAGGUGUCAAUUAGCAAACAAUAUGGAACCCAAAAUCCCACAUGCUGUACUCUUUAGCAGCCUUUAAUAUCUAAUAGCCUUGAUGAUCAUAAUGCAAACCUUUGUCUAUUGACCAGAACUGUUAAAAAUUCAUUACUAUUUUUUAUUUCUUUUCACUUGCAUUAGAAUGGCAUAGCUCUUAACAAUGUAGUCGUUGUGAUGUGUGCAGUGUGGGAUAGGAAGUACAUUUGGUUUUAUAGAUCUUAUUAGAGACUGUUUUGUGUAGGGAGACUCUGUUGGCUGUAUGUAUUCUCAAAGCCUAUGUAGCACUGACAAUUCACUUAUUCAGACGUUCUGUCUGCAUUAAACGAGACAACAUUUCACUCUUCUUAGUUACUUAAUAAAUAAGCAGGGCUAUGGUGGAUUUAUUUAUUUUUUCAUUACCACAUGCUGUAUAUUUGUGCACUACAAUCAGGGAUGUGUUUGCUCAUCCUUUGCCUUCAAUCAAUUUGUUUACACAGGCUUUAUGUGAUGAAAUGUGAAAUACAUGUUUUCUUGAAGAUUUGUCAUUUAAAAUAAAAACCCAUAGGUCUAUGACUGUGAA